GAGGGAUAGAGGUUAGGGGUCGGGGAGAAGAGAUGGAGAGAGAGACAAGGCAACUGCCCCACCCCAUUGGACAGGUGAGGGGGAGGGGCUGCCCCACCCAGCAGCCAGACGGGGUCAGAAGCUACAAGGCAAAUAUCCAGAUCCCCCCCACCCCCCCACACACACACACGCCCUGUUUCCCGUGUAUUAUUGUCAGACACACACAUGCUGGUGGGGUCCGUGUCUCCUGAGUGUUGGGGGCUGCCCAGGGCCCUGGUCUGAUUUCCAGGAAGGAUCCAGAUCUCAGCCACACCGGAGUCAGACCGGAGUCACUGCUGGCUCUGAGCGCGGAUGGGCCAAUGGGAUCUGCCUCCGCCUGCCUGUCCCUGGGGGCUGCAGGGGCAGGACAGGGAGGCUCAGGCAUGAGCUGCUGCCGGCAGAGGGCUCCGGGUCUGGCUGAGGGAGAGGAGGAGGCUGGUGCCUGUCUCUGCUCCUGAUGUCAGAGCCCUUGGAUUGAGCUCCCUGGCUCAGACACUGCUGCCUACCUGAGAGCCCAGAGUGUGAAACUGCUGGUCCCCCUCUGGGGCUGGGCCAGGGACAGACCUUCAUUAACCCCCGCCCCGGGCCCAGCCCGGGUGGGGACUUUCACUGAGCCUGGAACCAGCCCCUGUGGCAGCCCCGGGCUCUGCCCACACCAGCCCCUGAGCCGCAGCCUGCAGGGGAUGGGGAGUCCCGGGGGGACAGGGCUGGGGCCGGGCAGGGCAGUGUCUCUGCACAAAGGGCCCCUUUCAGGGACCUGCUGGCUGAGGAAUCACGUCCACGUUUCACUCCAGAUCGUCCCAUCUUCCAGGGGACAGGAAAGGGAAAUGUCUGUGAUGGAGCCAGCUCAGAUGCCGGUGACCUUCGAGGAGGUGGCUGUGUAUUUCACCCAGGGGCAGGGGGCUCUGCUGGACCCCACUCAGAGAGCCCUCUACAGGGACAUCAUGCAGGAGAACUACGAGACAGUGAUCUCGCUGGGAGUCCCCAUUCCCAAACCUGACCUGAUCGCCCGGCUGGAACGAGGGGAAGAGCCGUGGGUCCCAGAUCUCCAGGACUCCAAGGAAAGGGAGAACCCGAGAGGCACCCGCACAGGCAGUGACUCCUGUCUGGGUUCUCUCUCUCCCAGCAGGUGAUAGGACAGUGAGUGAGAACAAGGAGGAGAAUCAGCAGCAGGAAGGUCCUGAGAAAGUGGAACUGCAGGAGACAUUUUUUAGAAGAGCUGAAGGGAAUUUUUCCCAGGGCUGGGAACAGGGAAAUGCCUGGGGAGAUCAACACAGAUCAGAGAUGCAGCUGGGAAACUAUCCCGGGAAGAAACUGGAUGAAUCCACUCAAUGUGGUGGAGGAUGCAAGGAUGCCAAGGAAGCCACAGUCCAGCAGACAAGUCACAAUGAAGAGAAACCCUACAAAUGCCUUGACUGUGGGAAAAGUUUCCGUUUCACUGCAACCCUUCUUACACAUUGGAGAACCCAGACAGGAGAGAAGUCCUAUAAAUGCUUAGACUGUAGGAAAAGCAUCAAUAAGAAGUCCUGUCGUAUUAUACACCAGAGAAUGCACACAGGAGAGAGACCCUAUAGAUGUCUUGAGUGUGGAAAAUGUUUUAGAAAAAGUUCAUUCCUCAAUAAUCAUGAGCAAAUCCACAUGGGAGAAAGACCCUAUAAAUGCCUUGAGUGUGGGAAAAGCUUCCACCACAAAUCAACCUUUAAUACACAUCAGAAAACCCACAAGGGAGAGAAAGCCCAUAAAUGCUUGGACUGUGGGAAAACUUUCAGUCAGCGGUCAAGACUUAUUGAACAUAACAGAAUCCACACAGGAGAGAGACCGUAUAAAUGCCUUGAGUGUGGGAAAAGUUUUAUGGCAAGUUCAUCCCUUACUAUACAUGGGAGAAUCCACACUGGAGAAAGACCCUUUAAAUGUCUUGAGUGUGGGAAAAGUUUUAUGACAAGUUCAUCCUUUACUAAACAUGGGAGAAUCCACACAGGAGAAAGACCUUAUAAAUGCCUUGAGUGUGGGAAAAGUUUUGUACAAAAUACAUCCCUUACUAUACAUGGGAGAAUCCACACUGGAGAAAAACCCUAUAAAUGCCUUGAGUGUGGGAAAAGUUUCAUUCAGCGCUCAAAUCUUACUACACAUCAGAAAACCCACACAGGAGAGAAAGGCCAUAACUGCUUGGACUGUGGGAAAACUUUCAGUCAGCGCUCAAGACUGAUUAAUCAUAGGAAAAUCCACACAAGAGAAAGACCAUAUAAAUGUUUGGAUUGUGGGAAAAGUUUUGGUCAGAGCUCAUACCUUCUUGAACAUAGCAGAAUCCACACAGGAGAGAGACCAUAUAAAUGCCUUGAGUGCGGGAAAAGUUUUGUACAAAAUUCAUCCCUUACUGUGCAUGGGAGAAUCCACACUGGAGAAAGACCCUAUAAAUGCCUUGAGUGUGGGAAAAGUUUUCUGCUAAAUUCAUCCCUUACUAUACAUGGGAGAAUCCACACUGGAGAAAGACCCUAUAAAUGUCUUGAGUGCGGGAAAAGUUUUAUGGCAAGUUCAUCUCUUACUAAACAUGGGAGAAUACACACAGGAGAAAGACCCUAUAAAUGCCUUGAGUGUGGGAAAAGUUUCCACCACAAAACAACCUUUAAUACACAUCAGAAAACCCACACGGGAGAGAAACCCCAUAAAUGCUUGGACUGUGGGAAAACUUUCCGUCGGCGCUCACACCUUACUCGACAUGGGAGAAUCCACAUGAGGGAGAGACCUUAUAAAUGCCUUGAGUGUGGGAAAAGCUUCAGUAAGAGCUCGGAGCUCACCAAACAUCAGAAAAUCCACAAGGGUGAGAGACCCCGGAAAUAGCCUGACUGCUGGAAAAGAUUCAAUUUGACUUCACAUAUCAGUGACUGACACAACAGAGAGACCUUGAAUGUGGGGGAAUCUUCAUUUGGUGGUCCCGGAGUAUCAGGCAUCUGCAAAUCUGCACAGGGAAGAAACCUCUGAGAUGUUCUCAGUGUGGAAAAUGCUCCAAGUGGAGCUAACGCCAUGUGGGACAUCAGAGACUCCCCAACACAGCAGGGAAAUUCUCUCAGGGUCCUGACUAAGCCACAGUAACAAACCCAUUUCCUAAUUCCCACACACAUCAGGGGCUUUUGGCUCUUGCUGGGGUGAGGAUCCAGGAGCAGCCGAGCAUCAGCUGGUCAGUGACCCUCUGGCUCUGCCUGGUCUAAGCAAACUCCAGGCAGAGGAGGAGAAGCCCCCAUCAGCCCCUCCUCCCUGUUGCAGCCCUGGCUGCUGAGCUGAUGGGCCAGAGGUGGGGGAAGGGAGAGAGAGAAACUCCUACGGACGCUCCCUCCUCCUGGCUGAAGUUCCCCCCUCUCCAUUCCCCUCCCAGGCGGGAUCCCCCUUCCAUGGAGAUGAGGAGAAGGACACUUGGGCCAGGCCCCACCUUCACUCUAGACCCCUGUUAAGCUUUUACAUCCCUAUCAGCUACCACAUCUCCCCAUGUGUCUAGUGUAACAGUUCCUGUUUCUAUUGAAAUGUUGUCAUUUGAGUUCAGUGCUGUCUCAAACCUCCUUCAAUUUCCUUUGAUCCACCAGUGGGUCUUGCUUUAGCCAAUUACUUUGUCUCUCUGUCCGGCACCCUAGUGCUUUAUCCCAUGUCCCAUUUGUCUACAGAACUUGGUUCCCAAAUAUUCACUAAAGGCCAGAAGUUUCAAGGCACCUAGAUACUUUGUAAUAUGCCACUAGAGGCCUGAAUCCUUUUGAAAAUCUGUCCCUAAGGGCCUUAGAGUGUCUCCUAUACAGGGCUUCUCAAAAGUGGUAUUUUUUUUACUAAGCACAGAUAUGCAACCCCAAGACAGAUUGACAACCCCAAGAAUUCCAACCCCGUGAGUUAUGCACCCAACAGUCUAGAAUUUAAAUAAAGAAAUGAAUACAU